AUGCCGAAUGGCCGCUUACGCAUAGCCAUUCAACGUAUGGUCCCAUUCAUCGGCUAUCACCAUGUCCUGAUGAUAUUGAUAAUGUGCUCUUGGAUACUUUCCGCACUUCUCCUAGCUGGCUGUACCUCUAGCAGCAGCACGACUAGCAGCAUCUAUUUACUUUCAAUCACGUAUCACGACCGCUCCGACUCAAGCGGUGCAGCGAGUAUCAUUUUCGGCAAUGCGUCAACAGGAGGAUCCGUUACCGUGCGAGCUGGCUAUCUUGGCAUAUGCGCAAGAGCCGCGGAUCAGGAGCCAUGGAUCUGCGCGAGCGGAGCUUCUGGGCUCGGAAUGGCCUUUGCUGGUAGCGGCACGGAAAGAGAUCCACUAGAUGCCCUCCAAUGGGCCCAGCGCUUCAAAAGCGACGUUGUAUUCCCAGGUUUCGUGUUCGGUGCAAUAGCUCUCUCCGCCCUGGCAUUCUUCGGACUUUCGACUUUCCCUGGCUGGCACGAGGAGCGUGAUACACGGACGGGAUCCGACAUCGUCGUCAAGCCGUUUCCGAGCAGACCAGUGAGCCGGGCAUGUCUGUUCCUGCUGGCCUUCGCAUCUCUCUUCUUAAUGACAUCCGCCCUUUGGCAACAUGUUGCCGCGGCGACUGCAGCGAGCAUCAUAUCUACGAGCACGCAGGGCUAUCUUUCUGGAAGUGUGGGACCGGCAGCGGCGGUGUUGGUGUGGCUUGCGUUGGCGUUCACAGCCGUAGCAGGGAUUGGCAUUCUUGUGAUGAUACUGAGCAUUCAUUUGUUGGACGGGUUGACUGAUGAUUAG